UUUGGAACUUCAUAUACGAGUAGUAAAUAAAUAAAUGGAGAAGGAAAGAAGUCUCCGCCACGUACGAAGCUGAUCGAGAAUCGAAAUGGGGGUUGAAGGUUUCGGGGAGGAGGCGGCGGCGGCGGUUAAGAAGGUGCGGAGCAUUAAUGUGAGACUGACAGACUCUGUUUUAAGGAUUGUGGCGUUUGCUCUAACGGCGGCGGCGGCCAUAGUUGUGGGCUUGGACGUGCAGACCACGGCUGUCAGUGUGGAAAUUGUUCCCACCCUCCCGCCGGUUAACAUUCCGCUCACUGCUAGGUGGCAACACCUCUCUGCCUCUGUGUACUUUGUGGUGGUCAACGCAAUAGCUUGUGCAUAUGCGGUUGUUUCAUUGGUCCUCACACUGGGAAACCGGAAAAAGAACAAUGGCGCCGCCGCCACGUCUUUAAUGAUCAUCGUCCUCGAUGUUGCCAUGGUGGCGCUUUUGUUUUCCAGCUGCGGCGCCGCCGGAGCUAUGGGGCUGAUGAGCUACUACGGGAAUGCGCACGUGGGGUGGAAGAAAGUGUGUAACGUCUUCGGGAGAUUCUGCAUCCAAGCGGCGGCGGCAUUCGCAAUUUCAUUGGCCGCCUCCAUCUUGUUCUUAUUCCUCGUCUUCUUUGCUGCAUUAAGCCUUCACAAGAGAGUUCCUCGCUGAUAAUUAUGCUCCAUCUUCAUUUGUAGUGUGAUGGAGUAGUGCUGCUGAUCGACUCUAAUCCUACGUGUAAUAGGCUAAUUAAGUCGUUAAAGGAUGAUCCAACAUGCAUGUGAUCGAUGUGCAUUCAUAUCACCAAAUAAUUCAGUAAUUUGCUCAUAUUUCUUAAUCUUGGUGCAUAUUUGCUUUACAUAAG